AUGGCAGAAUACAGCGAAUUAUCUUCAAGCUCCUCGGAGGAUGAAGAGAUCAUUGAACAAUACCAUAUGAAGGAGAUCAUUGGUUAUGGCAGCUUUGGAUAUGUGAAACUAGCCUAUCACCGCCUCACAGGCACCCAAGUGGCAGUGAAAAUACUCCUGAAGGGUGAGUUCAACAAUCAUCGGAUCAAAAAUGAGGUGGACAUUAUUAAGACUGUACAUCACCCACAUGUAAUCAGGUUGUACCAGGUUAUGGAGAAGGAUGAGCAUGUGUACCUUGUUAUGGAGCUGGCCACCAAGGGAGACCUCCUGGGGUGGAUCCGAAAAUCCAGCCGUCUAUUCGAGGAUGAAGCUAGGAGACUCUUCAAACAGAUUGUGAGUGCUGUGCAGUACUUUCACCGGAAUGGAAUUGCACACCGAGACCUUAAGCCCACCAACAUCCUGUUGGAUGCCAAAGGCAAUGCCAAGGUCAGUGACUUUGGCCUGAGCAUCCGGACCACGCCAGGGCAGUUGCUGAAGGAUGUAUGUGGUACCUUGAUAUUCCGUCCCCCUGAAAUGUUCCUGCGUGAAAAUUAUGAUGGUUGUAAGGUGGACAUCUGGACCUUGGGUGUCCUUUUGUAUUUUAUGCUAACAGGAAAAUUCCCAUUUCAGGGGAUCAAUUUUAGCCAGAUACAGGUACUGGUCCUGGAGGCUAGGUACAUUGCUCCAUUUUACCUGUCUGCAAAAGGGCGGAAUAUCAUCUUCCAAUUGCUAACUGCAGACCCAAAGCAGAGGCCCAGUAUCGAACAAAUAAUUGAACACCCAUGGCUCAACCAAGUUGAGGAAUGUGCCCCGUGUUCUGAUGAGCCACUGCCCAGUGAGCUGGACCCCAUUAUUGUUGCAAUCCAGCUGCUGGGUACCCUAGAGAUGCUGCCUGGCCAGAGCCUAGGGGCCAAGCUUGGCUGA